AUGCGCUCGGGGUUCGAUCCUGCCCCUCUACGUCUCUGGUCAAACAACAUCCGAGGGCUGAACGUGCCAGAGCGGAGGUCACAUCUCUUGCGUUCCUUGGGAACUGCGAGAACGUCCAUCGCAUUCUUGCAAGAGACUCAUUUCCGGGGAGAGUCAGCCCCGACACUUAAAGACGCGAGUUUUCCCCAGGGAUACUUCGCCAACCACCCGACAGCCAAAAAAGCUGGGGUGGCAAUACUGUUUGCCUGUACGGUACCGUUCGAAUGUACGAAUACACUGGCCGACGAAAUGGGAUGGUUCCUCUUCCUCAUGGGUACUAUAGCAGGUUCCACCUACAUGCUAGCCACCAUCUAUGCCCCAAAUGCUCGACAGCAUAGGUUCCUGAGGGAGACCCUACGUAAAUUGGAAAGGUUCAGGGAAGGCCUGCUGAUCGUAGCGGGAGAUCUGAAUGUGGCCCUUGACCCAAGAGUCGACACAUCUAGAGGGACUAGCUCUAUAUCGACCCACUGUCUACAGUCCAUCCGAGCAGAAUUACGUGGCGCUGGCCUAGCGGACUGCUGGAGGGUCCUCCAUCCUUCCGAUAGGGAUUACUCCUAUUUCUCCACGGUGCACAAGCACUACAGCAGGCUAGACUACAUAUUCCUAGCUCAGGAGUUCUUGCCUCUGCUCCUCGAUGCGGGGAUCGGAAUGCAGGGUUGGUCGGACCACUCCCCCAUCUUAGCAAGCAUUAAGUCCCCAUUAUUCCGACCCAGAGACCGACAAUGGAGGAUGAAUGAGUCAAUUCUUAACGACGGCCCCACGGCUGCGGACAUCUGGGCGGCAUUAGUCACAUAUUUUACAGAGAACGACACCCCUGAGGUGCCCGCUUUGACGAUAUGGGAGGCACAUGAAUGUGCCGUCCGGGGUCACCUUAUCAAAGUAUGCACAAGAAGAAAGAAGGAGCAGCAACGAUGCACGGACGAACUGCUUCAACGUAUAGCAGACCUCGAAGGUCUUCAUAAGACCACACAAUCGGACGUUAGCUACAAAGAGCUGUUAGAGAAUAGGAAAAAGCUGCGAGACAUUUUGCACCAAAAGCUGCAGUAUACAAUCCGUAAAUCUCAACGUUUCUUCUAUGAAUACUCGGGUAAGUGCGGUCGAUUAUUGGCCAGGACCUUACAAAAAAAAAGAGAAUGUGCUACAUCACUAAAAUCAAAUACAAAGACCAGCAGGUGACGCAAUUGCCUGAGAAAAUUACAGAGGCUUUCAGGGGGUUCUAUGAAGACCUUUACAACCUCCCUACGGAGCAGUCGGAAGAGGCAGGCCAUCGCAAGGACAGACGGAUCACGGAUUACCUACAGCAACAUAUCACUAAGUCAUUAAGCCGGGAAGCAGUGGAGGAAUUGGAGGACGAAAUUACACUGGAAGAAUUGCAAUUAGAGUUGAAAAGCUCUAAACUGAACAAAGUGCCUGAAGGAGUUCAGCGACGUGCUCUUACCGAGACUUUUAAAGGGCCUCAAUUCAAUACUGGAAGGAGGAACAUUUCCGAGAGACUCCCUCCUGGCGACGAUAACAGUUAUCCCUAA